CUUUCGCAAUCACACCAUUACGCCUCUAAACGGUGUCGCGCUCAAUUGAAAACAGCUACAUCUGCUUCUCAUCGAACAAGACACUUCCUGGUUGAAUGUCUACAGAGAACUCAAGCACGACUGCAAUUGAAUCACGCCGAGUUCCAGUGUCGCGCAAAACGAUGGCUGGCAACAAGGCACCGGUAGAAUUCCGUGCUGCAGAGGUAGAGGAGGACGAUGUGAUCUCAAGGAUACUUUGCAAUGCAUUUCUUCCAAUAUGGUUCGAUUAACUACACCCUUCUUACCACUGGGUUCAACACCGGUCGAAGUCAUACUGACCGUGAACAGGAAUCACAAUUGGUUCCAUGGUAUUUCAGAACCACUCCCGCCGGUUGACGUUGGUAAGGUGGGAGGAACGACACCUCCAAUGACCAGCUUACAAAAGUCUCGGGUCAAGUUCUAUCGAAGCUUGAUAAAUUUGACGAGACUGAUAGGAGGAUAUGUGCUAGUGGCAGAUGUCCUUUCAUCUGACGACACCAGUAAUGCGGAGAGGGACUUUGGAGCCAUUCUUCUUUGGCUUCCUCCGUUCACGAGACUCGGUGGUUUUGACAUAAUUACCUUGUGGAAGUCUGGAUUCUUGGGUCUGGUGCUUCCCUGGCACUAUGGCCUCGGAGGUUUACAUCGGAUCGAUUCUGUCUUCGAGUCAAAUGUCCACUCCAUGUUCUCGAGAACUUUACCGGACCUGCCACCCAGAGGAUUCAAGGAAAAGGAGUGUGGGUUUGUGCAAAUGAUUGCAAGCAACCCCAAAUAUGCCGGUAAUGGUUACGCUUCGAAACUGUUACAGUAUCAGAUGACUCAGCACUUUGAAAACCAUCCAGAUGUGCCGGUCAUCCUUGAUACAACAACCACCCAGGGAAUCCGCGCAUACGAAAGGUUGGGAUAUAAACUUCUCGCAGAGAAACCACUCGAUACUGGUACGGACGAGAAAGGUAUUCGCCUGAAAGGACCUGUGGAUGAUCAGACUCGACAAAGGAUUAGAAACACCUGCAUUCAGCGGGUUUUGGUGAAACUUCCUUGACUCCAAUAUCAGAUAGCCCAAGUCUGUCUAUCAGGAGCGGGAACUGCAGAAUCAAAGCAGGAUUCAUGAGACAGAAUCUUCGACAAUGACAAUGACAAUGACUACUAGUAGUCUAUCCGCACUUAUGCCUCGACUCUUUGGACACUGAGAUUGGGUUUUGCUUGGUGGGAGCUUCUGAGCGUGCAUCACCCGUUGCACUUAGGCAAUAACAACAGGAUUUACACUUCAGUUUGUUCUCAAAACCACGAUCUCGAUAUGCACAGCGAGUUCAGAAAUUCCCAAGAAGUGUGGACUUCCAUGUUGAUGACAAGAAGUAGUUAUAGAGGGAGCCAUUCACUCACAUAUUAAAGGUCGACAUCUCCUCAAUCC